AUGGCGGCGCUUAGUCUUGGGCCCGUCUUUUCACACAUUCUUAUUGUCUUAGUUGCUAUGCUGAAUAUUUGUAUUCUUUCUUACGAUGCCGGCAUGAUCAAUAACUUGAACGCGGUCAAGCCGUACAACGAUUAUUUCAACCUCAAUAGCGAUCUGAUCGGUCUAAACGUUGCGAUUAUCAGCGCCGGUUCGGUCUUGGGAGCCCCGGUGGUGGGGCCGGCAGUUGACCGUUGGGGACGGAAGAUGGGCCUUGCCGCUGGGUCCAUCUGCAUCAUUGUUGGAGUUAUCCUACAAGCUUCCGCAUCAGCUGUGCCGCAACUCAUUGUCGGUCGGUUCAUUAUCGGAUUCGCUUCUCUAGUCAACGGCUCCAUUGCCCCUAUGUGGGUGAUGGAGCUGGCUUCGCCAAAGCACAGAACCAUCUGCUCUAGCACAGUACUCGUUUCUGUGCCAUUCACCUCCUUCUUGGUUGCCUGUAUCGUACUUGGAAUCUUCGACAAGGAUUCUAACUGGGUAUGGAGAGGCAUCAUGCUAGGCGAGGCAGUCCCUUCCAUCAUUUCACUCUGUCUCUUGCCAUUCGUUGAUGAGAGUCCUCGAUGGCUGUUUUCCAAAGGACGUGCUGAAGAGGCAACCGAGAUUCUUGCCCGCCUGCAUGCUGACGGCGACGUACAUAACGUUGAGGUACUUACCGAAGCGCAGGAGAUUGUUGCUUCUCUCAAUCAGGAGAAGGACGGUCAAGGGGCAUGGCGCGAACUCAUUACACCUGCCUCUAACAUGAAAAGAUUUACCAUUGCUGUUUUGACGAACAUAUUCUAUCAAAUCCUUGGAGGGAACAUGAUUCUGUACUUCUCGUCAUACAUCAUUUCGAGCCUAGGUGUUUCCAGCAGGAGAUCCAUCAUCACUAUUAACAUCGCCCUCUUGCUGUGGAAGGCCUUUUGCAGUAUCCUUGGCGUAUUCCUUAUCGAUCGGGUCGGCGCUCGGAAGCCAUUGCUUGCCGGCACAUCAGCAACUGUGAUUCUUUUUGGUCUUUUAUCUGGCUUGUCCCACCUCACGGAAGUCCACCCGGACACCAACUCAUACGCCAUUGGUUCAAUUGUCGUUGUUGCACUUUUCUUGCUUGCAGUCUCUACCAGUUGGAUGAUCUUGGCAUACACUUACCCACCCGAAAUACUCCGAUACUCACAGCGAGCCAAGGGUGUGGUGGUCGCCCAAGCCAUCGGUUACGCAUUCAGCUUCCUUAAUCUCUACACCGCUCCUUUGGCGAUCGAACGAAUCUCCUGGCGGUACUACGCGAUCAAUGGUGGUUGGAAUCUGGGAAUUCUGGCUGUGGUAUACUGUUUGUUUGUUGAGACGAAAGGCAGAACAUUGGAGGAAAUUGACGAGGUUUUUGAUGGCGUGGUAUAUUCCAACGAUGUUAUCAUCGACGCUCAAGGCUCGAAAGGCACCCUAGAGCAAGAUGGAGAAGACAACAAGAGUCUUACGAAGCGAAAGCUUCGAAAAGUUAACUCUGCGAAUUGA